UCUCAACUUUUUGUAGAGACAAACCAACGCAAUAAAAUGUGAUAAUCAGCUAUUGCUGUUUAUUUUCCAUCUACUUUCCUGACUUUCUGUCGCAUCACGACCGCUGAUGUUACUCAGUGUUCCCUCAAGUCAAGUGAAUUCACGGACUUUCCUAAUUAGAACUUCAGUGCUGUGAUAAGAUUUGUGAAGCUAUCUCUUUGAUAUAGCAUAAGUGAAGAGACUACGUAAGCAUACACCAAGUUUCAUGGUUUCACUUCGAUAGACUGAAAAAUCUGAGAUUCGCACUGUGAUUUUGUAUUCAAGUCAAGAUCGAAAGCAUAUUUCUUAUUAAUGUUCUGUGCUAUGAAUUUUGAUAUUGACCAUCCUAUCAUAUCCGAAUUCACAAUACCUGUACUACUUUCACCUUUUUAGAGAAAUCAUAAUACCCCAACUAAGCGAACACUAUGUUAGGCGGAACGUCCUAUCGCCUUAUCAACCUUAAAGCAUGGAGAAAUAUCCGGAGAUUCUGUAGCGAUCCUAAGAAAAUUCCCGAACUUACAAAGAAUCGUUACGAAGUAAAACGAGGACAAUAUGCUGAAAUAUGUGAACAAGAUUUGGCAACAUUCGAAAGCAUUGUCGGUAAAAAUCAUCUUCUUGUCGAUUCUUCAGAAGUAGAACCAUACAACAUUGACUUUAUUCGGUGUGUACGUGGCUACAGCCGUGUAGUACUUAAGCCAAAAAACACCCAACAAGUAUCCGAAUUACUAAAAUACUGCAACACUCGUAAAAUAGCUGUUUGUCCUCAAGGAGGCAAUACGGGACUUGUUGGUGGAUCUGUUCCGGUCUUCGAUGAAGUUAUCCUGUCUACUCAAUCCAUGAACGAAAUUGAGAUGAUUGACGAAAUUUCAGGGGUUUUGGUGUGCCAAUCAGGGUGUAUUUUGGAGCAAUUAGAAGAGAAGGUACACGAAAGAGGGCUUUGUAUGCCCUUGGAUUUAGGUGCUAAAGGAUCAUGCCAUAUUGGCGGAAAUGUUUCAACGAAUGCAGGUGGACUAAGGCUUCUUCGGUAUGGCAAUUUACAUGGAUCAGUACUCGGAGUUGAAGUGGUUAAGGCAGAUGGAACUAUUUUGGACCUAAUGUCGAACUUUAAGAAGGAUAAUACGGGCUACCAUCUGAAACAUCUUUUCAUCGGAUCUGAAGGAACACUUGGUUUUAUAACAAAAGUUGCAAUUUUCUGUCCAGCCUCUUCCAAAGCUGUUAAUGUUGCAUUUCUUGGCCUGGAGAACUACGAAAAUGUGAUGAAGACCUUCUUGCUGGCCAAGCAACAAUUGGGCGAGAUUCUCUCUUCCUGUGAGAUGAUCGAUGCACAAUCAUUGGAAUGCAGUACAAAACCUUUCAACCAUUCAUCCCCAAUCCCAGAAUAUCCUUUUUACAUGCUAAUUGAGACAUCAGGAAGCCGAGUGGAACACGAUGAAGAGAAAUUGCAUGAUUUCCUCAAUAAUUCAAUGGAAUCGGGAAUUGUUCUCGAUGGAACAACGACGAAUGAAUCCAGGAAGAUGAGGGAUAUUUGGCAACUUAGAGAAAGAAUUGCCCCUGGAAUUCUUUAUGAUGGAUUUUGCUUUAAAUACGACGUUUCAGUGCCCCUGAAGCAUUUCUACGACAUUAUUCCGGCGAUGAAGGAGCGCGUAGGAAGUUUGGCAACAAAAGUCUGCGGAUAUGGGCAUAUUGGUGAUUCCAAUUUACACCUUAAUGUGAGCUGUCCGGAAUUUACUCAAGAAAUAUACAAAUUGGUAGAACCAUUUGUUUAUGAGUUCACGAGUAAUUUGAAAGGCAGCAUAAGUGCAGAACAUGGAAUUGGUUUUCUCAAGCCCAAUUACCUAAAAUACUCAAAGAGCCCUGAAGCCCUGGACUUGAUGAGAGAAAUGAAGACCCUUCUGGAUCCCAAUGGAAUCCUCAAUCCCUAUAAAGUCUUGCCCAGAAAUUUGUAAUAUUUUUUUUAUAAUUGUUAAAUAAAUUGUUAUGGUUUUAUUUCGGAAA